UGGCUGGUAUUCUCGGCGCUAUCGGGGGGCUGAGCGCCUGGAUCGGGCGCCAGGCUCCAUUUCCCAAACUCAUCACAGCCUAUGGCGUGCGGAGAAAGCGAGGUGACGAACGCGACAGUCGACGAGCAUCUACCGAUGGCACGGCUGCUCAGCGCAGACGCGGUCCUUAUCGGACGUCUCUCCUCCUACACCAUCAUAAAGGAAUUGCACAGGGCGGCCGAUGAAGGGGCGGUGUACCUCGCCAGGCAAGUUCCCGCGGCGUCGCUGCCUAGGGUGUCUGCUGAGUGCUGACCAUCCCGGAUGCAGGAACCGGAGCGGCGAGAAGUGCAUCGUCAAGAGCAUCAGGGGCCACUGGCGCCUACAAAAUGAAGCUGACGUCCUCAAGCGCUACCAGUCCGAGACCCCUUUCCUCCGCCCUCUUGUCGACGAGAUCUGCGAGCCGGCCGAUCCGCCCUCCAUCGUUCUCCGGUACCUGGACAGCGACGUGCUGACCGAGUCGAACAAGAAGAGGCUGUCGCGCCCCGAGAUCAAGCAGGUAGCCCGGUGCGUCUUGGAGGCUCUCCGUGUGCUACAUAGAGAUGGUAUGGUCCACACAGAUGUCAAGCUGGAUAAUAUAUUCGUCAACCACGGCCAGGACGGCCAGCGCUUCUCCGAGGUCCAACUCGGCGACUGCGGAGGCGUAGUAUCCCAGCAGUCCUCGUUCGCGAGGGAAGGGCACGUUAUCGGCGCCGGCUUCACCCGCAGCCCCGAGGCCACGUUCCAGCUGCCCUGGAACACCGCGACUGACAUAUGGUCGUUCGGUACCGCGAUGCUCAGCCUCUUGCUCGGCGGCGGCUAUCACCUGUUCAACCCCAAGGUUGAAGGGGUUGACCCGGAAGACGACGCUUACGAGUUCACCGUCCUGAAGCGGAUCCACAAGUUCUUCGGCCCGUAUCCGCGAUCCUAUAGCGACUUCAACGACCCGGGAACCAUGACCAUCAUUGACUUCAUCAACGGUCAGGGGCCUCCAGCGAAGCCGUUCGCUAGGGCGGGCCCGAGGGAGAUCCCCCCGGCCGAUAAGGAGUUCAUUCUAAAGAUUAUGAAGCUGGACCCACGUGACAGACCGACGGCGGAGGAGCUACUCGGGGACACAUGGUUCACGGAGGAAUCGCCGGACACCCGGGACCCGCUUCCCGGGGAGGCUGGGGAGGCUGGGCAGCCCGAGGUGAAGCAGCAUGGAGAGGAAUGACCCGGAACCUAGGGCAUUGCUAAGGCCAGGGGUGUGAUGAGUUUGAUUAUAGCUCACCAGUUAUCUCGGUGCGUCCCCAAAGAAUCGUCUGUGCAUGUAAUGAGCUUGAUUACGGCCCACUGUGUAUCUAACAAAAGUCCGCACUACCACAACCUCCUCCGAUGACUCUGAUCUGCCGGGUGCGCCUC